AUGUGUGGCUGCACACACAGCACCCAGGACCAAGCACUCCGCUCAGAGGGGGGUCCCAGUCCUUCUGCAGCUCCACGAUCUACUUUAGCACCUAAGAAAAUGCCCAAAAGUAUUUCAAUAUCCAAACAACUGGCUUCAAUAAAAGCUCUGCGGAAGGGCUCCGACCUGGAAAAAGCCAUGGCCACCUUUGCUCUGACUUUCAGAAAUUCUUCUGACCCUGAUGGCAAACUUGGAAAAGCUAUUGCCAAAAAUCUGCUACACACCCAAUUCGGGAAUUUCACAGAGGGACAAAAAAACAAACCAAAAUACAGAGAAAUCCUUUCUGAACUUGAAGAGCACACAGAAAAUGAGCUUGAUUUUGAGGAUUUCGUGAUCUUGCUCUUAAGCAUCACUGUAAUGUCAGAUCUUCUGCAAAAUAUAUGGAUGGUAAAAGUCCCAAAAUAA